ACCGCCUCUCCCUUGGCCCCUUGGUAGCUAGAUCGCGUUUCGGCUUUCCAGCCUGUGCUUCUCGCCACCGCUUCGCUCCUCUGGCUUUCAGCGGUCCUAAUUUGUACGCCUUUUUAAAGGGUCCCAGUUGCCCUCCGCCAGGUCCUGCAGAAAGGAAGUGGGGGUCCUGGACUUUGUGGGGAUUGCGAUGGCUUUCGUUCGGAUCCGAGAGGCCAAGGAAGAAGACUGUGGAAAUAUUCUGAGGCUGAUUCGGGUUAAGUUUGCGGGCCAGAAAACAGGGUCUCAGAGAGGCUCAGAGCGUCGAGGUUGGAGGGGACCGGAACUAGCUGAGUUUGAGGAACUCGCGGAUCAGGUGAAGAUCUCUGAAGAAGACUUGAGGGCAGACGGCUUUGGAGAGAAUCCCUUCUAUUACUGUUUGGUAGCAGAGAGUCUUCCCAGCCCCGGAGAGCCACAGGGAUCCUGUCUGGUGGGCUAUGGGCUGUACUACUUCAUUUACAGCACAUGGAAGGGACGCAGCAUUUAUCUGGAAGACAUCUAUGUUAAGCCGGAAUACCGGGGUCAGGGGAUUGGUUCCAAAAUAAUCAAAAAAGUGGCUGAGGUAGCCUUGGAUAAGGGCUGCUCCCAGUUCCGCCUGUUAGUCUUGGACUGGAACAAGAGGGCUAUGGACUUGUACAAGGUUCUAGGAGCCCAAGAUCUGACUGAAGCAGAGGGCUGGCACUCCUUUAGCUUCGAAGGAAAGGUGAUGAAGAAGUUGGCAGAAAAGUGAUGCCAUCCUUCGGGGAUCUCGCCCAAUAUGAGUUUAUCCUUCCUCACCAGCUCGAGCACUCCUUAGAGACCACCUCCAUUUCUAAAGACCUCCCUGAAGGAAGGAGAAUUAGGGGUGAACGUUCUCAAAGUACAGAAAGAGCAGAACUGAAGGAAAAGUCUUUCUGCCUGCUUACUGAGGAUGAAAAAUAAAUGAUAAUUUCUAUGUCCU